AUGGUUCAGACACGCGUCGCUGUUAUCGGUGCUGGCGCUGCAGGUCUGGCAAUGUGUCGAUAUUUGGUAAAUGAACCACAAAUUCACUUUGUUGCAUUUGAAAAAGCAUGCGACAUUGGCGGAGUUUGGCGUUAUACAAAGGACAGUGGACACGCUGUUAGUGAACAUAAUAGUACAGCAAUGUACAAAAACCUUAGGUAUUGUUGAUGUAAAUAACGUAUUUUAAUCAAAUAAGUGGGAAUAAUUGGAGCAGAAAUAAAUUUGAGAAUAUAAUGUACAGAAAAAUUUUAUUGCCCCCCCCCCCCCAACAAUUUUGGGAAAAGUAAUAUUAGUUAGUGGUCGAGAUGACUUGGCAAAAUGUUCAGCAAAACUUGGUCAAAAUAUCGGGAGACAAAAACACACAUACCUUGCAACGUCCCUGCACACAGACGUCUGACUAAGCAAAAAAAACCUAACUGCUGCCAUGCCUGUAAGAAGGUUGUUGUACUUGUACUCAAAUCUAAAGCUCUCUGAUGUUAUCCAGAUGGUAACCAGACUAUCUGUGAUAAUUUCUCUUCAUAACUGUCCAACACAUCCUACAUUGUUAUUUUACCCUUUCUUACACAAAAUAGAUUAAUCAGUAUGUCUGAUUUCUUCCAGGACAAAUUUACCCAAAGAGGUGAUGGCAUACCCAGAUCUACCAUUUCCACAGAACCUACCAUCUUUUAUAACAAAUGCAGACGUCCAAAAAUAUUUAGAAACCUACACAGAGCACUUCAAUUUCAAGAAAUAUAUUAAAUUUAACCACCAAGUUCUGUCCAUUAAACCAGGAAAUAAAGACAAAGAAGUAUGGGAUGUUGUUGUGAAGGAUUUAACUAACGAAACAACUCAUAAAAUUGUUUUUGAUGCCAUUGUUGUAUGCAAUGGGUAGGUUAUUGUACAAAUAGAAUUUACUGUUUAUUGCAUGUAUAAUGCACCAAUGGCUUUGUUUCCAUGUUUGCUAUUUUAUCAUGGCUGGCACACAUGAAGGUCCAUGAAGAUAAUAUCCUCUUAUUUAAAAUAUAAAACAAUGGUAACUCGAAAAUAAACAUUUUAAUUUUAAACGUUCAAUUAAAAAAAUACUUAAAAAAAUGUAAAUUAAUUAAUUUUAAAAUGUUUAUUUUCAGAGUUACCAUUGCUUUAUAUUUUAUUAAAAUACUCAGUGGUUCCCGUAAUCCUCGUAUUUCCGAUAUGAAUAAGUUUCUCUUUGAUCUUGAGUCCAAAAACACAGGCCCAUGCACCCUUCAUAAUCUAUAUCUUUGUCUCCAAAUACAAGACUACUACAGUACUAGAUAUUAUGAAAAUAAUUAACAUCAUUUUCUCACUCAUGCAGAUAACUGAGGCCCUGUUAGAGUGGAUAUAUGCAUUAGUGAUGGGCGAUACCACCAUUAUCGGUUUCAAUACGAUACCGAUUACUUUUUGGUUAAAGUAUCGAGGUAUCGAUUACCCAAACGAUUACUUCCUCCAAUUUUCAAAAAGUUACAUAUUUUUAACAGUAACGAUUUGAUCCGCCAUUUUAAUCCAUAAAAAAUAAAAAAUUACUUUAUUUCCCACCUUUUUCAUAAUUUAUUCUGUUGGCGAGAAUAGAAUGUCAAAUAAAGUAUAAAGGAAGUUUGAUUAAAUUGUUAAAUGCAGCAAAAUACCAAAAAGUACAUAAAUUUUAUUAGAAAUAACCAUGAAAACGAUGACACAACUACAAGAUUAUAAUGAAUGUCUAAUUUUAAAAGUAAUCGGAAACACUUUUUCGAUACCGUGCAGUUAUCGACUACUUGCUGUUUGGGCCUGGUAUCGGGUGGUAUCGAUACCAAGUAAUCAGUAAUCGCCCAUCACUAAUAUGCAUGUCCCUCAUCUGAUAUUCAAAACGUAAUGUCCCUGUUUGAUAACAUUGCUAUGUCACUCUGUUUACAGUCAUUAUUCAGUUCCACGGUUUCCAGAAAUUCCUGGAUUUGACUCAUUUCCUGGAAAGGUUAUCCACAGUGUUAACUACGACAAACCAGAAGACUACCAAGAUCAAGAUGUGGUUGUGUUGGGUGCAGGUUCUUCUGGAUUGGAUAUCGCCAUGGAACUUUCAAAAUUUUCCAAGAAAGUGUUCCUUGUUCAUUUACGCAAUAAGCUUCCGGUUAAAUUUCCUGAAAACGUUCAAGAGGUGAUAGGAACAUUAACAACUUGUUUUCAAGAUGGGAGUAUUGAGAUAAACCAUGAAAAGUUGUUACAAAAUGUGAAUGCAAUUAUUCUGUGCACUGGUUAUAAUUAUUCGUUUCCGUUUCUGGAACCAGAAUGCGAUAUUAAUGUAACCAAUAGUUGUGUGACAUCACUGUAUAAACAUACAUUUUCUACUAAAUUCCCAAGUUUGUCAUUCAUCGGACUUUGCAUAAGGAUUUUGCCGUUUCUAACCUUCGCAGCACAAGCGCAGUGCAUUGCAGCUGUUUUAAGUGGAAGGAUAAUGUUACCGAACAAAGAGGAAAUGGUGCAGGAUGAAGCGUUUGAUUAUCAAGAGAGGUUAAAGCAGGGAUUGUCAAAAAACAUGAUGCAUUUGUUGGGUGUGGAACGACAUAUGCAAUAUUGUACAACAAUGGCAGAAAUGGCAGGAGUACCCUGCACUUUAUCACUACCUAUUCAAUCAUUAUUUUCCUAUGUCAGCAAAAUCAGGUUGCCAAAGCUGGCUAGUUAUAGAAAAUGCAAUUUUACUAUCAGUGGCGAUGAGUGGCAUGAAGUCAAAAAUUAUACUUCUUAA